CGUGACUCUGUGUGGGGAUAGCAGUCAUUCAGGAGUACCAUACCCAUACCUACCAUGUGGCCGGAAUGGUUCCGUUCGCCAGAUGAUUGAUACCAUUGGUGUCCUCCUCGUCCGCCUGGAGGCGUCGAUCAUUGCCAUGCAGAUCUGUGGCACCAUCUCCACGAUCUUCCUCUGCGUCUACCUGCUGCGCGAGGGCAGGGUCUCAUUUGAUGAGGAGUCCAAGCCACGGGUGGGCAAGGUUUUGAUGAUGAUCAUCCUCAUAAUCUCGUACUUUGUCCUCACUGCCUUUAACGCCAUUGGCUUCCAAUCGGCGCUGCUGAGGAGAGAGCCCAAGAUUUCGCUGUGGGGCAUUGUGGCCUUUAUCCUCGCCAUUGUCACCGGCAUCUCUGUCCUUGACAUGCUGUUCAACGCUGACUCGCUGCUCGAGUGGGCCAUGUUCUUGAUCGAGUCAUGCUUCCUCACCGCAGAGCUCAUUGCUGUCCUCUACGUCUGGCAGGCUCGCGCUGCGUUUAUCAUCCAGGAGCGCGAGGCCCGCUCGGCAGGCGUGCCAGUUGCCCGCCCGGCCGGUGUCGUUUUUGUCGACGGCUCCGCCGCCGAGCCGACUCCGGUCUACUACGCCGAGCCGGUCCCUUACGCCGAACCGGUCACCGCCGAGCCGGUCAUGGCCCAGCCGGUCACCGCCCAGCCGGUCACCGGCGGCGACCAGUGGGUCGAGCAGCGCGGCGACCUGCCGCCGUACCAAGCAGCAGGUCACGCCAAGGGCGGCUCCCAUGUGUAGUGUCAUGUCAGUCAAAGAUGGAGAGCGGGACGGUGAGCGAGCCGCCGCUGCCCAUGUCGUAGCACUGCCACUGCGAGGUGAGCGGAUCAAACUCGAGGAGAUAGCGGA